AAUUCGUCGCUGGGCUGCGGCCGUAUAGACAAGUACCAACUUACAGUACGGGUAAAGUUAGUCGGGAGAUAGGGAGUAAGACACUGUGACGAGGGAGGUCAGAUGGCGGAGGAGUUCAAGACGGCGGCCAUCGAGGUGGAGGGGGCUGUGCCCGCGUCCAAGACGCGGUUCAGGAUGCCCGUGGACUCGGACAACAAGGCCACAGAGUUCUGGCUCUUCUCCUUCUCGAGGCCGCACAUGAGCGCCUUCCACAUGGCGUGGUUCUCCUUCUUCUGCUGCUUCGUGUCCACCUUUGCGGCGCCGCCGCUACUGCCACUCAUCCGGGACACGCUUGGCCUCACGGCCACGGACAUUGGCAACGCCGGGAUCGCGUCCGUGUCUGGCGCGGUCUUCGCUCGUCUCGCCAUGGGCACGGCGUGCGACCUUGUCGGACCCCGGCUCGCUUCAGCGGCGAUCAUACUCCUGACAACACCGGCCGUAUACUGCUCGGCCAUUAUGAAUUCGGCGUCGUCGUUCCUGCUCGCGCGGUUCUUCACGGGCAUAUCGCUGGCGUCGUUCGUGUCCACCCAAUUCUGGAUGAGCUCCAUGUUCUCAUCAAACAAGGUGGGACUGGCUAACGGUUACGCCGGAGGGUGGGGCAACCUCGGUGGCGGCGUUGUGCAGAUGCUGAUGCCGCUGGUGUACGAGGCCAUCCUCAAGAUUGGGAGCACGCCGUUCACGGCAUGGCGCGUGGCUUUCUUCAUCCCAGGCCUGAUGCAGGCGUUCUCAGCCAUCGCAGUGCUGGCGUUCGGGCAGGACAUGCCCGACGGAAACUACCGGAAGCUCCACAAGACCGGGGAGAUGCACAGGGCCAGCUUCGGCAGCGUGCUUCGCCACGCGGUGGGCAACUACCGCGGCUGGAUCCUAGCGCUCACCUAUGGCUACUCCUUCGGCGUGGAGCUCACUGUGAACAACAUUGUCGCGCAAUACUUCUUCGACCGCUUUGGUGUUAACCUCCGCACGGCCGGCCUAAUCGCGGCCAGCUUCGGAAUGGUCAACCUCUUCUCCCGACCCUUCGGCGGGAGCUUGUCCGACUGGCUUUCCAGCCGGUACGGCAUGCGUGGCAGGCUUUGGGGGCUGUGGAUCAUCCAGACCAUCGAAGGCGUCCUGUGCAUUGUUCUUGGCGUCGUCAGCAGCUCCUACGCCACGUCCGUCGCCAUCAUGAUACUCUUCUCCUUAUUCGUGCAGGCUGCUGAAGGUCUCACCUUCGGUGUCGUGCCAUUCGUAUCGCGGAGGUCGUUGGGGCUGGUCAAUGGCAUGACCGGCGGUGGUGGCAGCGUGGGUGCUGUGCUGACGCAGCUCAUCUUCUUCCACGGUAGCAAGUACACGACGCAGACAGGGAUCAUGUACAUGGGGUUCAUGAUUAUCGCGUGCACGCUGCCCGUCGCGCUCAUAUACUUCCCGCAGUGGGGCGGCAUGUUGGCGGGGCCGCGGCCAGGGGCAACGGCGGAGGACUACUACAACGGGGAAUGGACUGCGCAGGAGCGCGAGAAGGGGUUCAACACCGCUAGCGAGCGGUUUGCGGAGAACAGCGUGCGCGAGGGUGGACGGAGGUCGGCAUCGGGCAUCCAGCCCACGCACACCGUUCCAGUCUGAGUCCUCGUCGGUCGACAUGUGAAAAAAAAAGUUAAUAUUACGCGCCUAUACGUAUAAUUAAAAUCCCCCCAGGCAAUGAUGUGUACCGUUCUUGGUAUCCAUGUCGUCAUGUGGUCGACCGGCUUGUAGACCGGCUUGUAUCUGUGUAUGUGAGCUCGGUUUUACGUACCUGGCCUUUCCAGGAGUGAUUGUUAUCGUUGGCAUAUGGUUUGUUCCUUUAUUUA